GGCGGCCAUGAUUGUUACUGGCGUAUAAGCUUCCGUCGAGCAGGAAAGAUUGUCCUUUCUGAGACCUCGUCGAAUUCAUGUUGUUGUAGGAAGUUCUCGGAAGCAGUGUGCAGCAUUGUGGAAUGCAGACUAAUCCUGAAAAUAUUGUCGUAUUCUUUCCAGACAGAUCAUCUUCACUUCAUCUUCCCUUGCACAAUUCAACAACCACCAAUCAAUUAUUGCAGGAGGACUAAACCGUUGGAUCAGCCCAAUUGGUCCAGCAAAUUGUAUGUAGAAAUCAGGCAAAGAUCUGGUGGCCUGGUCAAGAGACUGACUCUACUACCUGAGUAUGGUUUGCACUACUAUAAUAAAAAAACAUAAUUUGUUAGAAGUCAUGAGUAAAAGAAACAAUGUGUCCUAUGUGAAACCAGCCGAACCCUCCUUCAUUUCCAAGUUCAAGAAAGAUGUUUGCUACAAAGAGGGCCCAACAGUGGACACAAAGAGACAGGAACUUCCCAUACUUUCAGAGGACAGUGAUGGAAGUGAUAAAGAAGAUGAGCAGCCUCAGGUUGUUGUCCUAAGGAAAGGUGACCUCUCCGAAGAGGAUGUUAUGAAAAUUAAACAGCAGAUCAAGGAAAACACAAAAGAUGAAGAAGCAGCACCCUCUGAUGGUAAGAUUUUAUUUAAAAAGCCAGUGAAGCGCUUAUCUGGUGACACGACUUCUGGCGUAAAUGCAUGUUCGACCAAGAAAAAGAAGCAGGAAGAUACUAAAGAGUCAUCAGGAACAAAGAGCAGCCAGAAACAAGUUAAAAAUAGCAGCUUACUUUCGUUUGAUGAUGAAGAUUAUGAUGAUUAAUUCUUGUAUGUCAAUUUAAUGUGAAAUCACCACUACUGGCUACAUAUGAACUGAUAUUUGAUGCAGCUUGAUUGGCAUCCACCUGAACUAUAUUCUAUUGAUCAGCCUUUGGUGCUAUUGCCAGAGGAUGUUAUUGGCCAUCCAUCUUGAUUGCUACAGUCCAAUAUCCAAAAACUUUGCCUGUGUAUGUCCACCUUACCUAGCAUAAGAUACGAUUGUGAAUGCUUUUACAACCGAUUCAACUUUAUGGGACUGCCGUAAACAUGUCAGUUGCUAUUGGUUACUAAACCUGGAGGAAAGUUGGGCUUACAUAAUAUAACUCCUUAAAUGAUCUGCAGUUAUGCAGUUCCUAACUGGGUGCUGUGGUUACUAACUCAAUGCUGUGUAGUCAGCUUGUAGGUUUAUUUUUUAUGUAUUUGGGAGUUUGUUUUGUUUGUUUUUUUUUUUUUAAGAAAUAAAAAUUUGCCUAGCAAAUCCAACAUUUUCAAAAAAGCCUGUUUCAAUCAUGACCAGUAAUGUUGUCUUUUAAAGGGGUGGUUCACCUUUAAGUUACCUUUUAGUAUUUUAUAGAAUGUCCACUUCUAAGCAACGUAUAGUUCUUAAAUUAUUUGCCUUCUUCUUCUGACACUCUCCAGCUUUUCAAUGGGCGUCACUAAAAACAAAUGUUCUGUAAGGCUACACAUUUAUUGUUAUUGCUACUUUUUAUGACUCAUAGUUCUAUUACACCCUCUACUAUUCAUAUUCCAGUCACUUAUUCAAAUCUGUUGCUAGGGUAAUUUGGACCAUACGUAAAACUGAAUGAGGUGCUCUAUAUUAUAGAAUGGCAAUUACCUAAAAAUAAAGAAAACCUCGAUCGUGUAUUAACCUUUAAACACAAAAGGUAAAAUGCGCUGAGAACUACUCACAUGGAGUUCGUGAAGUGUCAAACAGUUAGAAACCCGUGAUCUCUUCAGUAUCCUGUCGGAGUCGGUCUCAUCUUUUGUGUGUCUAGCGGGGAAAAUCUUACAAUAGUGCAGAACAGUCGGCUGGCGUACGAGGGAGGACAAAAAGUUUUAAGCUUACUGGACAAAGGUUUUACGUUUUAAGUGGAUAAGUGGAUCCAUAUUCUCGGUGCAGCUGUUAUUUUCCCCCCCCCCUUCCAGCUAGCACGGACUCCAACCUCCUGUACCUAAUUUGGACCAUAGUAACCAGAUUGCUGAAAUUGCAAACUGGAGAACUCCUGAAUAAAAAGCUGAACAGCUCAAAAACCACAAAUUGGACCACAAACCAAUUACAAAUUGUCUCAGAAUAUCACUCUCUAGUCUACAUCAUACUAAAAGUUAUCUCAAAGGCUAACGAACAACCCCUUUAAAAUUAUUCUCUUUACAAUUUUUCAUGCUGGGAUUCCUGAACCCUAUGCCCAUGCUGAAGGCUUUUGGCCACAAAACCUGCUGUGAAGCUCUUUUGUAUUCAGUCGGUUGUUUUACACUUACACAUAUACUUCAGCAAUGGUGGAAUGGAAUAACAUUUUUGUCAUAAAGGACAACCACAGAUCACCACUGUAGCUGACAGAAUAUAGGCUGAGGAUAGCUGUUUAAUAUACUAUUUUCUUUAUUACUGAUUCAGUACUGUAUGUCUUUGCCUAGAUAAUUUAUGUAAACUGGUUCCACCCUGAAAACAAAAAUUUAUACUGACAUGCAAUAUUUUAAAGAGAUCUAUUAAAUACCCUAGCUCUCUCAAGUAGGAAUCUCAAGCAUAAUUACAAAUACAAUAUGAUUCUCUAAUGAGAUAACUACAAAGUCAUCUUAAUGCUAAUAUAUUGAGAUUACAGUGCAGGUUUUAGCGUACAACUACACGGACAAUUUCCCCAUGAUUGUGCGGGAUCCGACACUGCUAAAACGCAGGUGUCAAGUCGGAUCGACCGGAAAACAAGGUAAGAAAUAUAAAUGUCGGAUGGUGUCGCCGACAGUCAUGUCGCGUCGAACGAACUAUGCAAGACCAUCUGACGUUGCUGUUGCUUACCUUGUUUUCCGUCGCAUCCGACUUGACGCCUGCAUUUUGUCGCAGAGCGUCGGAUCCGGAACGAUCGAGGGGAAAUCAUCCAUGUAGUUGUACCCUUAUUUGUCAAUAUUAUACUGUAAUCAAACUUUAGAGGGUUGAAGAGUGCAGUUACGUGUCCCGAACAAGCAAGAAAAUAUUUAAUAUUUUUGGGAAUAAUCAAGUGAAAUCAAGAACAGAGACAUUGUUUUAUCGUGCAGCAUAGCUGCUGGACUAGAGCUCUCAUUGUCUUUUAUACCCUUGAUAUUCUUGAGAUGUUGUCCAACAUUUGGGUGGAGCAACACGGCUAUGAAAAAUACAGUAUAGUAUGGUGCAGAUUUAUCAAGGGUCGAAUAGUCAAUUUGAAUUUUUGAGUGUCGAAAUUUACACAUUUGAAUUUUAAUCCCUGUAUUCUAAUGUCAAUUUUUAUGAGAGAUUUAUCAUACCUCGACCAUGGAAACAUGUAGCUGCGCAUCCCCAGUGCUCCUCAGCAAGUGGCCGGGCGGCAUGCCGCCCCUAAUAGUCUGCCGCCCUAGGCCUGAGCCUUUGUGGCCUCACCACAAAUCUGGACCUGUUAAUAGGCUUCCUGACAUUCAAGGUUUUUUGGGGGUUUUUUUUCGAGAAAAACUCGAUUCGUAUAAAUUGAAUACGAUUAAAAUUUUCAGUUGGGAACCAUUCUAUCGAAUAUUAGCAAUUAGAUUUUUUUUAGAUUUUUAUUUUUUCUUAAAUAACUUCCCAGUCGAAUGGUGAGUAUAUUCGAAUUAAAAAGAAUUCACAUGACUUCGAAAUUCGACCUUUGAUAAAUGGGCUUCUAUAUGUCUUCAGUGUUCUCCACAGAAAAAAUGAUAGGCAAAGAUCUGGGGAGAACACUGGUCAAAUAUUUUAUACAGGUCUCUGGCAAUGUAUAUUGACGAGAUAUAUUUUUGUUUUGUUAUUGUUUAAGUUUAUACCCCUCUUAAUUGAUGUGAAUUUUGUGUGCUGUGUGAUAUGUCCAUCCCUGUUAAAUAAAACUCUUUUUUUAUAA